AUGCUUAUUCUGACGUCCAGGCGAGUCACUCCGCCUCCAUAUGCCGUAGAUCUGCUCCAGGCAUUGUCAGCCCUGUGGACCAACUUCCCCUGCAAGGUUUCGGGGAAGGAUGCUUUGGGAUUCCCAGGUAGGAGGAAUGACCGAGUAUUUAAUAGACUUGGGCUCCCACAAAUAUCAAUGGAUCUUUCGAGGCUUUAUCUAUUAUUACGGUCUUGUUCUUGUCUUCAUAUUCGUAUGUUUCGUCUUUCGUUCAGUCAUCGAGAUUAAGUCUUUUUUUCUCAUUCUUUAUCUCUUGGGAGCUCUGGAUGCCGAUAUUGUCGCAGGUCCUGUUGUUGAACUUGUUCCGAAGCUUGCUACAAUCUUAGCUACGCGCGUUAUGGACUUUGAAGUCUGUGAGGGAAUCGCUGACAGAGCUAUCUUGUAACUAUGGCAUUCGGGAAAUGAAGUCUAGCUACAAGUGUCGCAAGCAAGCAACUGCUUACUUUGUACGAGGUCUUCUCCAAACCUGCUAAUUGAGACCAAGAAGCACUCCCCCUUGGAGCGAGCGGUAGCGUUGUUUCGGUCAAACUAGGUCUCGAAGUUACUUGCAAAACCUGUUGACCAAAAUUUACAGUUCUUAUCCCCACGAGUGGAAGAAUCAAGAAUGACGAGGACGAGCAUCUCAGUGUUCUCCAUCCCGUUGACUCGAUAGUCGCUGCCAUCGAAUUGAUCAAAAUCGACUUUCAAGACGUCUCGAGACACUUCAACCUCAACAUCAAAGCAAGAGAGAAGAUCAUGUACUCCUAUCCGCUUUUUACGUUGAAAACAAGUGUUGGGUAUGCGGUCAGUCAGGGCGUCGGUGUUGGUCUCGUUGUGCUUGUCGACUUGGUGUUCAUCGUGAAUGCUGAGGUGGAGCUAUGAGCUGGUUUCGCCAUUGCAUUUCCUAAAGGUGCAUAAAUCCUCGUCGACCCACUUGGUGGUAAUAUUACGGACUCCAUUUUGUAAGCCCCCUUUCACUGAUUUUUUCACUAGUCUAAUUGCUGACAGCUCAUAGCCUCAUUCUCAGUCCCAAUGCCCAUGGCCAGAUGUAUCACGUUCCAAUCACUGUGGCAUCUGGCUCCACAUCAUUUCAUGCAGCCCUUCGAGUACGAAUUCAAGCAGGUACAACAGUCGAGGUCUUUGGAUUAGGGGUAUAUUUUGAGCUGGGUGUGUUUGGCACUGUCAUCGAAUACAAGUCCUCGCUCGCCAGCACUUCACAAUACGCACUCCAAUCUACCGAGUUGCUCGAUACAAAUAUUGGACCUUUUGUCGAAGCAGUGGCUGUUAUCGACUAUAAAUCUUUUGGUGCAAGUCCCACGAAAGCUAUUACUAUUGUGACCGGGAACCUGUAUUACGAAAGGUGUUUCCAAGACGACAACGAAAGAAAGUGUCAAGACGACCAUCUUGCCAAAUAGCUCGAUUUCCACUCACUCCACCAGAGCCUCCAACGCUUCCUACUCGGGAGAGAAUCAUUCUCGUCCAGUCGCCCCCACCGGGCCCGCCCCGAGUGCAAGAGUCACAAGCACAGCAAAGCCAACCAGUUCAUCCUCUCACCAAAGUUCUGUCUUGUCGUCUUCCACCUCCGAUGACGAUAAUGAUGAAACAGUUCCUACUGCGACCAACAUUCAAAUCCUCACGCCAGACACCCUAGCGACCCCAAUCGUUUCAACUAUCUUCAUAGCAAGAUUCCCACAGCCAACUUACAAUGUUACCACGACACAUGCAGUCUAUACAACAGCUUUCCCACAAUGGAAUGCGACAGGUAUUUAUACCACCACGUAUAUUGGACCAAACAGUGUUCCCGUGGUAGUCGGCCAAGCAAGUGAUGCUCCUGGUGUUACCGCGACUGGUAUUGAGUCUCCUGCAGCGAGCAAUACUUCACCAGCACCAGCAGCUGCUAGUACUACGAAAGCUAGUAGUGGUGCGCUAUCUAUGAGAAGUGGUUUUCUUGUUGCUGCUGUAGUAGGAUUUUUAGGUUUCGUGGUUGUUUUGAAAUAG